AUGGGAUUAAAUGUAGAGAAAGAUCAAAGUAAUGAAGAUAAUGUUGGAAAUGAUGGAGACAAUGACCAGCUAUAUGAAUUAAUGCAUGAUAUGCAAGGGGAUUUGAAUGAAAUGCCUCAAGAGUUUGAAAGUUUUUUUGAGAAUUCUGGACAACCUUUGUUUUCUGGAUGUAGUAAAUUUACAAAGUUAUUAGCAGUGCUUAAAUUGUAUAACUUAAAAGCAAAAAAUAGGUGGAGUGAUAAGAAUUUCACGGGGUUAUUAGAACUUUUAAAGGACAUGCUUCCUAAUGAUAAUGAACUUCCUUGUUCAACUUAUGUGGCAAAGAAAAUGUUAUGUCCGUUGGGUAUGGAGAUUGAAAGGAUCCAUGCAUGUCCGAACGAUUGUAUUUUGUAUUGGAAACAAUACAAAAACUUGCAUGUGUGUCCGAAGUGUGGAGCAUCGCGUUAUAAAUGGAAAAGGCUCGAUGAUGCAUGUGAGCAGAAGAAAGGUCCUCCAGUGAAGUUGUUGUGGCAUCUACUGGUGAUUCUAAGAUUCAAACGUUUGUUUGCAAAUGCAAAUGAUGCGAAGAAUUUGCAUUGGCAUGUUAGUGGGAGAAAAGAAGAUGUAAAGUUGAGACAUCUUGCCGAUUCUCCUCAAUGGAGAAACAUUAAUAAAAAGUUUCCUGAAUUCGGUGUUGAAAAUCGAAAUCUUAGGCUUGGACUAUGCACGGAUGGAAUGAAUCCUCAUGAUAACAUGAGCACUCGCCAUAGCACUUGGCCAGUUAUUUUAAAAGUUUACAAUCUUCCUCUGUGGUUGUGUAUGAAGCGCAUGUACAUCAUGUUACCAUUGCUAAUAUCUGGUCCUAAACAACCAGGAAACGACAUAGAUGUGCACUUGGCACCGCCUGUUGAAGAUUUAAAGAUGUUUUGGAUAAAGGCAUGCCCUGUUUGUGAAGAGGAAACAGUUGAUCUUUGGUUGAACAACAGUAGGAAAAAUGUGUUCAUGAGUCACCAAACCUUUUUACCUAUUGACCAUCCUUAUCGAAAGAAGAAAAAAACUUUCAAUGGAAAAUAUGAGACUAGAGUAGCUCGCUUACCAUUAUCAGGGGAUGUCAUUUAG